AUGCUCGUGGCUCGCAUCGAUGCGAUGAGGGAUAAUUAGGGAGUCGGAACGAAUCAAGAAUCGUCGCCGAGCUCCAGAGCUCCGUCGAUCGGUUUCUUCCCUGGGUUUCGUCUUCGCCAACCGCGACAGUUAGGGUUAGAGCUUGGGCUUCGUCGCCUCGGAUUUGUGGGGUUAGGUGGUGGCGGAGAAUCCGCGGUCUCCAAAAUGGCGCAAGCGGUGGAGGAGUGGUACAAGCAGAUGCCCAUCAUCACGCGGUCGUACCUCACGGCCGCGGUCGUUACUACCGUCGGAUGCUCUCUCGAAAUCAUAUCGCCUCACAAUUUGUAUCUGAAUCCGAAGCUCAUAGUUCAGCAGUAUGAGAUAUGGCGCCUCGUAACAAACUUCCUCUACUUCCGGAAAAUGGAUUUGGACUUCCUAUUCCACAUGUUUUUCCUUGCUCGGUACUGCAAGUUGCUUGAGGAGAACUCCUUUAGGGGCAGGACAGCAGAUUUCUUCUUCAUGCUUUUAUUUGGUGCAACUGUUUUAACCGGGAUUGUUCUCAUUGGAGGGAUGAUACCAUAUUUUUCUGAGACCUUUGCAAAUAUUGUGUUCCUGAGUAAUUCGUUGACAUUCAUGAUGGUCUAUGUAUGGAGCAAACAUAAUCCUUUUAUUCACAUGAGUUUCUUGGGUCUUUUCACUUUCACGGCUGCUUAUCUACCAUGGGUUCUACUGGGGUUCUCUAUUCUUGUUGGCAGCAGUACGUGGGUGGACCUCUUGGGUAUGAUAGCAGGUCAUGCAUAUUUUUUCCUUGAGGAUGUCUAUCCACGGAUGACAGGACGCCGACCCUUAAAGACUCCUUCCUUCAUCACAGCAUUAUUUGCACAUGAGAAUGUGGUGGUGGCCGAACCACGAAAUGCAAGAUUUGCACCCCCGGCACAAGAUGUUCAUCAGGAUUAAUGAACAGAAACUUGGAGGUCUGCUUCUGUUGCUGCUCCAGCCACAAGCAAUAAUGCAAGUUAAACUGAUAGCAGAUAAGAAGCAUGUUCUAAAACUGAUUUUGGUUUGCAGAAAUAUUGGACUCUUUGCAGCAUGGUUCUUGGUUCCUUAUUAUGAUAGCUGCAUUGUUUGUUUGAAAAAAGAAAUGUAGUUUCUUGGUUUUAAUUGUAGUAAAUAUGAUAAACCUAAUCUGUAAAAUUUCACCGAGUCUUAAAAUGAAAAUGAUGUGCACAAGCAUGCUGAGAUGCUUGUUGAUCCGGUAUUGUAACGA